AUGACAGUGGCGUGUCGUGAUGGAUAUCAAUCUAUUUUUCAACACUUGUUUGAAAACUAUUCAGAUCAAUCCUCGGACAAGAUUCCUCGAGGACCUGAUUGUCAAUUUCGUUAUACCCCAUUUUUAGACUUGGCAUUCGACAGUGGUCACAUGCCUACCGUACACUAUCUCUUGACAGAAAAGAACCAGUAUUUUGGACCACAAUCAUGGUUCGAUGCUGGUGGAAUGUGUGACAAAUCAAUCAUUGAAUUUGUUCUUGACCACACACACCCCUCUAAAUUACAAAAGGCCUUUUCCUGUAUCUUUAAAGUGGGAGUGGAGAAUGGAGCUUAUGAUCUUGUGAAACAUCUUUAUAAUCAAAAACCAAUUGAUAAGUCCUUGUUGGAAAGAAUUACUCGUAUUGAUCAAGCAAAUCUAUUAAAGUAUGUCAUUGACAAUACCAAGUUUUGUGGUGAUGGACAAGAUAAUAUAGAGACAUCUACAAAUUCAUCAUUGCAUGUCUUUCAAACCGAUUUGACAAGGUCAGAGCUUUUAGAUAUAGCCAUUCAAUCAUCCAUCUCAAAGUAUACAAAUGGAUUGGAUUUUUAA